CUUGUCGCUUCCUGGCCGCGUUCACAACUCUAUUCCAACGACAUUGAUGGAAGGUCUCGAGUAAGUUGUGGCCGUUACAUCUCAUCGGAAACCGACGUCAGCGCCCAGCUGGAUGGGGUGAUGCAUGAAAUUACCUUGAUGUGAAUGCUUGCAGUCCACGAUCGCGCGACUCGUCAAAGACUCUGUGCUUCAUUACUAUGGCUGAGGAUGAAAGCCCGCUGAUCAAAGCGUUACCGCCGGAGUCGGACUAUCUUACCUACUUGACUAUCAUAGAGUACAAUCUGAGCCAAGAAAACCUGCCAUUACUGCACAGAGUCCUCCAAGAUGAAACACUGGCAGUCAACAUAGGCUGGGACCUGGUUCAUCUGCUAGUGCCUUACCUCCCUGAGUCGGAGCAAUGCCUUCAAGACAUUGCAAGGCUUGGGAACCCACGAGAAGUAAUAUUAAAGGUCACUGAGAGCCUUCGCUUGAUAGAGUACGAAUCGCUGGACCAAGACAUAGAUGGGCCUGUUGAGCAUGCCCUUACUGGCACACCUGACACACGCGUGAGGGCCGAUUCGUCAACGUAUCCCAUCAAGACUGCGCCUACCGCCGAUGGAGAGAAGAGGCCUGGCAGCUCGCAAAUGGUUGAGCUGCCUCCGCCGUUGCCGUUGCCUGUCAGUCAAUUCAUCGCGUUGUUAUCCAUGCUGUCUACACUACAUGCGCGCAUCAAAGCCAAAUAUCCAAGCCGAUUUCUAAGUACGACGUUGCAAGCGGUAUUAGCGAGCUUUUCUAACGCCACCACGCAUCGUGAGGAGAUGAUCCAGGCGAUUGUGAGAACGGUCAAGUCCGUCGCUGGUGUUCAACGACCAAUACUACCUGCCCGUAAAAGCAGCGGUAUGUUAAGCUCUAUUCCCGCAGUCGGCGAUGCGCCAGCGGGAGAUCCUGAAGGUACAACAAGCCGUGAGAUAAGCACAGAGGAAGUGUCGAUGCAGCGCAAACUGCUACAGUCUUUCGUCACACAUAUCGUUGAGCAGUACAUGCUUAACCUACCGUCGUCGCCUGCGGAGGAUGUGCCCGGGAUGGCAUGGUGUACAAGGAUCAUGGAAAGCACCUACCCGGAGUUGGUCAUUCCGGGAAAGCAAACCAUCUCUGAACACUUCCAGCGAGAUGAGGGGCUUCACAGACGCAUCGAUGCUAUUGGUCAACUGGUCACGCUUGGUCGAGAUCUGAAACUCAGCGAUGAGACUCUCCUCACUGCAGCUAUAGCGGUUGAAAAGGUACCAGCAGUCAGUGGUUCGCAAGAUGAAGACGAACCGCCCGCAUCCGCAGAAGACAUUCCGCUCUCUCGUAUAGGAGCUCUGCUCUUGUACACUGCGCGCCAGGCUGCAGGCAUGCUUUACGAUACUAAGCCUGCAAUCGUAAGCACAAUACCCUUUGCUAUCUUCCCUGACCACCAAGAGAUACUCAAGCGUACGCUUUCCGCAUCGUCACCCGCCGCUGGGACAGGCACACUUGGCACCGAGCCCGAAUCGCUCAUUGAUGCCGUCCUCGCACUAGGACUUGUCUGCCUUCAGCACGACAGUAUUGGCGAGCCGUCUUCAGACGAGCAGUUCAACGAGUACCUGCAAGUUGUCGCACUACUGUCGUCAAACUGCCCUAGCCCAAAUCUGCGAGGUCAUGCGCAUUACCUUACCAGCACCGUCCUACGCAGCCAUCCAGACGAGACGGUACGGUUGGCUUUCAUAAGAGACACCCUCGAACACUGCCCCUUCGAGAACCUCAAAGUCAGCGCCGUGGGCUGGAUAAAGGGCGAGACGAUCGAAGCGAAUCCGCCAAGUCAUUCCGCAGACCACCAUCAUACCAACGAACAGUCAGAGUCGGUGGGUUACGAACCUUCUAUCUUUGCCAAACCGCUUGCUCUCGAAAGCUUAGCACCGUUCCUAUUCCCAACUUUGCAUGCUGAGCUCGUGACUGCGCCAGUCAUCGAAGCAUGGCAGACAUUCCAAGCCGGCUUCUCCUUCUACCUGGCGAGCCUCAACUUUCUAUACUUGUUGUUGUGCGCAAAGCAUCUACAUCACAGCCUUGAGAUUCGAGACUUGUGGACGGACAGCGACAUUGCAGGCAGCUUUUUGCAGCCGCUGAGGGACGCUAGCGCGCGCUUUCGCAAGGAACUUACCCCUAACGGAGCGCUGGCUGAAGAGGUGUCGGACAGGACGCAUGCCGAGCUGAAUCUGCUUGACGAGACGCUGCACAGGGUGACGAAUGCCGUGCGGCUGCUGAACGAGUGAAGACGCGGAGCGCACACGCAUGUCGGUUCCAGUCUUCCAUAGCGUGGUGUUGGUGGCGUGGGCAUGGCAGCGGAACAGAUGAGUUUAAUGCGACCAUGAUGGCACGAUUCUGCAUGUAGCGCGUGACGAUUGAUGAUCGGCCGCCGGUGGUUACAAUGUCGUUCUUAGUUAGACACCACAAUACACAGUAAGACUAUCGUCCACCGAUGCUCCUUGCUCGCGAUGACCUA